AGCGAAGUUUGAUCAGAGAAGGAUGAACUCUCUUCUUCAUCAGCAGCAUUAGCUUGUGGAUUGCUUCUGAUCUGCUAGAAAAAGCUCUCUUUUUCAGCAGCAGCAAUGUCUAGUGGAUUGCUUCUGAUCUUGUUGAUCUCCUCUUUUCAUCUUAUCUCUUUGUCAACUUCAUCAAAAGAUACCAGUUUUGUCUUCAACAGCUUUGGUCAAGGAAAUCUUUCUCUUGAUGGGUCUGCUACAUUGCUUUCCAAUGGGUUACUCCAGCUUGCAAAAGACUCGCAGCAUCAAAUGGGUCAUGCUUUCAUCAAGAAGCCAAUUGUGUUCAGCUCCUCUAAACCACUCGCGUUUUCAACCCAUUUUGUGUGUGCUCUGGUGCCAAAGCCGGGAUUUACAAGCGGCCACGGCAUUACCUUUGUAAUAUCUCCUUCUGCGGAUUUCACACGGGCGGAAUCAACUCGGUACAUGGGGAUUUUCAACGCCUCAACAAAUGGAUCUCCUUCAUUUCACCUGUUUGCUGUUGAGCUUGACACUGUUAGAAACAAAGAGUUUCGUGAGACGAACAAUAAUCACAUUGGGAUUGAUGUCAAUAACCCCAUUUCAGUCGAAUCAGCACCGGCUUCUUAUUUUUCAAAGACAGAACAAAAGAAUGUGAGCAUAAACCUCUCGAGUGGAGACCCUAUACAGGUCUGGGUUAAUUACCAAGGAAAUGUGCUUAAUGUUUCUGUGGCGCCUCUUGAAGCUGAGAAACCAAGUUUGCCUCUUUUGUCACUAUCCAUCAAUCUCUUAGAACUUUUCCAGAGUAGAAGAUUGUUUGUUGGGUUCUCUGCAUCAACAGGGACAGCAAUCAGUUACCAUUAUCUUCUUGGGUGGAGUUUCAGCACAAACAGGGAAUCAUUGCAGCUACUUGACAUCUCAAAACUUCCUCGAGUUCCUUCGCAUAGAGCUAAGCAUAAGACACCAUAUGCUCUGAUUAUCGCUCUGCCUGUUGCGCUUGCUAUCAUAGUACUUGCUGUUCUUGCGGGAGUUUAUUACCACAGGAAGAAGAAAUAUGCAGAAUUAAGGGAACCAUGGGAAAAGAAAUAUGGCACAGACAGGUUCUCUUACAAAUCCUUAUACAUAGCAACAAAAGGCUUCCACAAGGAUAGAUUUCUUGGAAGAGGUGGUUUUGGAGAAGUGUACAGAGGAGAUCUCCCUCUGAACAGAACUGUAGCUGUGAAGAGAGUAUCCCAUGAUGGCGAGGAAGGGAUGAAGCAAUUUGUGGCUGAAGUCGUGAGUAUGAAAAGUCUGAAACACAGGAACCUCGUUCCACUUCUCGGGUAUUGCAGGAGAAAAGGCGAGCUUUUACUGGUCUCUGAGUAUAUGCCUAACGGUAGUCUUGACCAGCGCUUGUUUGAUGACCAAAGUCCGGUUCUUUCUUGGUCUCAAAGACUUGUGAUUGUCAGGGAUAUAGCAUCAGCUCUCUUCUAUCUCCAUACAGAAGCUGAACAAGUUGUUCUGCACCGAGAUAUCAAAGCCUCCAACGUUAUGUUAGACGCUGAAUUGAAUGGUAGGUUAGGAGAUUUUGGUAUGGCUAGGUUUCAUGACCAUGGAAGCCACGCAGCCACAACAGCAGCGGUUGGCACUGUAGGAUACAUGGCACCUGAGCUAAUAUCAAUGGGAGCAUCCACUGUAACAGAUGUUUAUGCAUUCGGUGUCUUCAUGCUCGAAGUAGCCUGUGGGAGGAAACCAGUGGAAUUCGAGGUGCCAAUUGAGAAACGAUUUCUGAUCAAAUGGGUUUGUGAAUGCUGGAAGAAAGAUUCUUUACUUGAUGCUAAAGAUCCAAGAUUGGGAGAAGAAUUUGUACAAGAGGAAGUCGAGUUGGUUAUGAAACUGGGGUUGCUAUGUACAAACAUCGUUCCGGAAUCUAGACCAGCGAUGGGACAAGUGGUUCUUUGCUUGAGCUGGAAUCUACCAUUACCAGAUUUUUCACCAUACACAAUUGGAAUCGGUUCGUUUACUCCUGUGGUGGUUGAUGCAGCCUCACUUAACGUCUCGUUUACUUCAAAAAACUGGUCAGCUCCUUCUGCCUCUUCUUCUUCAGCUAACAACUACUCGAAGGAGGUUGAACAUAAAUUGGAAUCAAAGAACUCUCUAAACAAAGUUUCUGAACCCGAAGACAUCGAGUCAACUCUCUCCAAGACAAACAGUGGCUGCUGAGUGAUCUCAUUGUAUUUUUUUUUUUUUGGUCCGAAGUGCUGUGUUUUACUUUUUUUACUGAUCGGGUAAAUUGUUUUUU